AAUCGAUUUGUUAUUAUUAAAGGAAGUCAGAAAGGGCUUUAUCUUUAUGCCCUUGUACGAUCGGUUACGUAGAAUUUGUAAACAGAAGCAUGCUGCUAGAAUGUAAGUCACAAUUCACAAAGUUAACAGAAAAGAUGGUGGAUGACAAUUUUUUAAAGAAUAAAGUUCUGAACAUGGGUAAAACUAGUGUAUACUUUCAACACCUAGACGAAAAACCACAUCUCGAUGAUGAGCCUCAAAGAAAAAAACAAUGUAAAUCAACUCACCGCCAACUGCUACCUGCUAUAACACCAUCGAUGAAAAUUCGAUUGGCAGAUGAAUUUUUCAACCAAGAAAGCACUGCUUUGGCUACCUCCUUGCUUGGUAAGGUUCUAGUAAGACUGAUUGAUAACAAGGAAUUGGUGUGUGGCCGAAUCGUGGAAACUGAAGCAUAUUUGGGCUUGAUGGACAAAGCUUGUCACUCAAGCCACAAGCGUUCAGCGCGUACAGAGCCAAUGUUCAUGAAACCUGGAACGAUUUACGUGUAUUCUAUCUAUGGAAUGUACCACUGUUUCAACAUAUCUAGUGGCGGAGAAGGAGCAGCAGUUCUAUUGCGGGCAGUUGAACCCCUGUCAGGAUUCGAACUAAUGCAGCAAAUCCGUUCUCAAGCUCAGAAGAAAACUAGUCGUAUUCUACCAAUACACCAAUUGUGUAAUGGCCCUUCCAAAUUAUGCCUUUCUUUCGGCAUCACGAAGGAAUUGAACAAGAUGGACAUGGCUAGCCCCACCACCCAAAUGUGGAUAGAAGAUUGGAUACCACAACCGGAGUUUACUACUAUUACGUCUACUCGAAUUGGACUAAGUAAAAAAGCUGGCGAGUGGAUAGAUGCCCCUUUGAGAUUCUACGUAAAUGAUUCUAAAAGCGUCAGUAUAAUUGACAAGUCGAAGAGAAAAUAACAUAAUGUGUUAUGUUGAAUGUUGAUUCCCCCCCAUCCACUGUGUAAGUGUUUGAAGGAGAAUCCUGUCGAUCAUGUUUAAAUAUGAAUACAUCAAGUUCAA